AUGACAGUUAUUUGAAAGCAUUAAAUAUACAAUUAAUCUAAUUUUUUUAUAACUAUUUUUGAUUAAAUUUAACCAUGCCGUUGGAAAAUUUACUGUUUUCUGCGAUAGUCAACAAUAAUUUAUCUCGAGUAAAAACGCUAUUAAACCAAGAAAUCGAUGUUAAUAUCAGAAACACCGUCAAAAAAACUCCCUUGCACAUAUCCGUUCUAAAUCCCGAUAUAGCUAAACUUUUAAUAGAAAAAGGUGCCGAUAUAAACGCAAUUAACAAAGAUGGAGAUACUCCUUUACAUACUGCAGUGGAUUUAGCAGAGAUCGAAACCGUUUGUAUGUUAUUACAUUAUAAUGCUGAUCCGAAUGUACCUAAUAAAGAUAACGAAACACCUUUCAUGAAAGCUUUAAUGAGUGGAUUUGCUGAAUUACAAGAAGCGUUACUAGAUUACGUAGAUGACUUUAAAGUCGAUAAUAACACUGAAGAGAAUCUUGUAGCUGUAGCUUUAAAAUAUGGUAGCCGGUAUGUACAAGAGAUUGUAUUAAGAGGAGGAAACGUAGAUCAAAAAGCAAUAGAGAAUUUUAAUUUCUCUGAUAAUAAUAUUGAUCUAUUUAAAUUUAUUUGGCUGAGAAUUCCGAAUUCAGAGAUAGAUGAAGAUACUUUUGGUAUUAAAUUAAUUCAGAAAUUGUGUAGAGGUUCUGCUACGAGAAAUUUUGGAAAAUAUAUUGAUUUUUUAGUGGAAAACGCCAAUGGGUACAUUAUUGAGACCAUUGCGAGCAAUUUAUCUAAUAUGCCUUUAAGAUAUUUCUUCUCUAGAUGUCGUAGAACUCGCUGUUUAAAUCAGCUGACUAAAUUUAUUUGUUUGUUGCUGCAAUACAACUUUGAAUGCACAGUUAGGAAUAAAAUUGAUAUUUUCGAAAUUUUUGGUUAUUGUCAGUUAUUCGAAAUAUUAUUACAUUUUGGAUUGGAAGACGACGUUGAUAAAUGCAUGUUAUGCGAUCUGAAGUGUUCUAGCAUCCUACCUACUUAUAUAUGUUUUAUAAACACUGAUAUCAAAACUAUUUGUGAUUGUAAAAAAAAUAAUCCAAAUUUAAAAUCUCUAAUUAACAUAAUGACAUAUUGGGCGUAUCCGAAUUUGAAUAAAUUAUUGACUAAAACAAUUCUAUUCCCGAAAUUUUCAAAUAUUUAUCCGAAUCUUCCUGGUUUUCCAUCUUUAGUGGAAUUAGCUAGGGAUAAAGCUAGGCAAUAUAUUGUUAGUAAAUUUAACAUGUCGAAAAGUAGUCAAUAUUAUACUUACCUUCAUUGUCUUAAUGUACCAACGACUUGUAAAGAAAUACUAACCUUUAAUAGGCAGAUUUAUAAGAUUCAUAUUUAAAUACACAGUAUUAAACUGCGAGUUUCUGGUGUUUUUAUAAUUUGACGCUUUCGUUGCCCAAGCUUUAAUGCCAACUACACGCAGUGGAUCCAUUGGUAUACGAACAAGUUUGGACGUUCAUUAACGUCAUUUUAUUUGUUUAGGGCCGGUUUUUCAAUCUUCAGUGAUUUGUGAAUAACUCAAAAAAAUCGCAAGAAGCAAAUGAAAACUUUUUAAAAAACAAAUCAAUUGGUGUUUCUUUAUUUCUGUAUAUGCAAAACGAACCGAGUUAUGGCUCGUUCAAGGUG